AUGGCACCCAACCUGGCGCCUUCGCAACAUCAAAUUAUUUGUGAUAUGAUCAAGUGCGAUCCAUCACUUACUAAUGCCCAGAUAGCUGAAGCUGCUAACUGCAGCACACGCGCAAUUCCUAGGAUUCGGUCAAAUCUCCGGCUAUUCGGCAGUAGCAAAGCCCCUCCAAAUAAAGGUGGACGCCCACGAAGCAUCUCACCAAUAAUGCUGGAGGCUCUUUGUGAUCAUCUUCUUGAAAAGCCUGAUCUAUACCUUGACGAAAUGGCCAUCUUUCUAUGGGAUGAGUUCCAAAUAUACGCAACUACAUCUAGUAUCAGGCGGGCUCUGUCUUCUAAAGGUUGGUCCAAAAAGGCAGCUCGGCAGAAAGCAAAGGAACGGAAUUCAGAUCUGCGGGAUAUGUAUUUCCAUUUAAUCUCAGAUUUUCAUUCCUAUCAGCUUGUAUACGUGGACGAAUCUGGAUGCGAUAAACGAGCUGGCUUCCGACGAACGGGCUGGUCUCCUCUAGGUACAACUCCUAUUCAAGUGUCUAAAUUUCAUCGUGAUCAGCGGUAUCAAAUAUUGCCUGCAUAUUCUCAAGACGGUAUCAUUCUGUCCCGUAUCUUUCGAGGUGCGACCGAUACUUCAGUCUUUGAGGAUUUUAUUGAGGAGCUGCUUCUUCAAUGUGGGAAAUGGCCAGAACCGAGGUCUGUCAUAGUUAUGGACAAUGCAUCUUUUCAUUACUCCGAGCGGAUCGACCAAAUGUGCUUAGAAGCGGGGGUUAAACUAGUGUAUUUGCCGCCAUAUUCGCCGGACCUAAAUCCAAUUGAAGAGUUCUUUGCUGAGUUGAAAGCCUUCAUUCGGCGGCACUGGAGCGUGUAUGAAGAUAGCCCAGAACAAGGAUUUGACACCUUCCUUGAAUGGUGCAUUGACGUUGUAGGGGCAAGAAAACAAAGUGCGAAAGGGCACUUCCGGCACGCCGGUCUGACUGUUGAAGAGUCAUGA